UCUGUUAAUGGGGAGUGUGCUUUUGAAACAUAGACAAUUCAGCCUGCUGGCUUCAAGAUAACCUAUAAAGUCUUAGAGAUUCAACCCAAGGAGAAAGUAGAGGGAGUUGCAACUACAAAACAAGCCUUGGACAGAUCAGGGAGCAGUUAACGCCUCUCCCUGCCGCGGAUGGCUGCAGCCCCCUCCAGCUGAGUCAGUCCUCCCUCCCCGCAGCAUUGCAGCACCUCCGCAGCUCCCUGCGCUCCUGCUCCUGCAGCACCCGCUCCGCUCCCACCGCAGCAGCAUGGCCAGCACCGUCUCAGCCUACAAGGAGAAAAUGAAGGAGCUGUCUCUGCUCUCCCUCAUCUGCUCCUGUUUCCACACCCAGCCCCAUCCUAAUACCAUCUACCAGUAUGGAGAUAUGGAGGUGAAGCAGCUGGAUAAGAGGGCAUCAGGCCAGAGCUUUGAAGUGAUCCUGAAGUCCCCUUCAGACUUAUCACCUGAGAGCCCGAUCCUUUCCUCCCCCCCCAAGAAGAAGGACCUGUCCCUGGAGGAGCUGCAGAGGAGGCUGGAGGCUGCAGAAGAGAGGAGGAAGACCCAGGAGGCACAGGUGCUGAAGCAGCUGGCGGAGAAGCGGGAACACGAGCGGGAGGUGCUGCACAAGGCGCUGGAGGAGAACAACAACUUCAGCCGCUUGGCCGAGGAGAAGCUCAACUACAAGAUGGAGCUGAGCAGGGAGAUCCGCGAAGCACAUCUCGCCGCCUUGAGGGAGCGGCUCCGCGAGAAGGAACUGCACGCAGCUGAAGUUCGCAGGAACAAGGAACAGCGGGAGGAGAUCUCUGGAUAAAGGGCUUUUCUACACAUCUAGCACCUGAUUCCUGUUAACAAACCAACCAAUCGACCAACCAACACAUUUUACUUUGUUUGUCUAGAUGCAACAUUUGGUUCUCCAUCCCCCCCUCCCCUGGUGUUUGUCCCCCAGCUACACGCUUCUCUAUCUCUGCAUCCUUAAUCGUCAGUACUUGUGGGGAUUCACAGAUCAUAGGGACCUCUAAGCAGAAUAGCAACUAGUUCACAUGAAAUAGAGAAUCAAUCGAUCAAUCAGUCAAUCAAACAGCUUCUUUGGAGGGUUUUGUCCUUUUUUAAAAAAAAUAUUUCUUAAACUGAUGUAAAAAAACCUAAGAUAUUAAUAAAUUCAACCAGCAGUGUCACGGAGAUACGGAUUUCUUAUCCGGGGCUUUUACUCCUCUUGGUGUUUGCUCUGAGCCAAAUAUCAGUUUCAGAAUAAUGGGAAGUAAGUGAUAAUUUCUGUGUGUGAAGUGGAAUAGGGAACAGCCCCAUGUUUGCCAGUGGUAGGAGAGAGGAACGAGAGAGGGAUGGAUGGCUCAGGAGACGUGGCGUGCAGACCCCCCCAUCUCUUGGCUGCAUCUGGAGCCAGCCCAGGCAGGCAGUGACCCAAAGUCCUCAUCUUUGGAUGAUUCUUUGAUAGCCCGUGUGCAAGUAGGUGAGGGUCUCCACCCCGAGCUCGGUGCCGGGUGCCACAUCACGGAAGGUCCCUGUCGUGGCAGGCACCGCCUGAUGCUUUGGUUGAGCCACGGGCUGAAGGAGCCCGUAGACUGAGCCGCCCUCUCCCCGGCAAAGCGGGGACCGAGAGGUCUUGGCUGAGAAGCCCGGGAGAACCGCAGACGGCGAUUGCAUCCCUGGCUCCGUGGGAGCCCUGGGAGAGGGUGCUCGGUCUGCGGGCUCUCUGGUGCUCCCACAUGAGAUUUCACUCCAGUAAGAAAGCAAAUCCAAUAGAGACGGUGCAUGGUUGUGAAGUAGCCUUUUAGGGAACAGAAUAAUCAUCCUUCCCUCUUUCCAAAGAUGGAUGUGACUCUUCAGUGCCAUUACAGGGCAGACACCGAGACCAGAGAUCGCCAGGUGAGCCCCGGAGCCCUGGCUCAUAGGCAGCACCCUGGGAGGCAGGGCACACCGGCUGCCUGCCUGCUACCUCCAGACCUGCGGCUUUGGAUGAGAUGGAGCCGAGAGGGGAGCAAUUCUGCAGGAAGGGUGAAAAGAUGUCCCCAUGCUCAUUCCUUGUCUAUCUUUAGCUUUUCAAGGCCUAUUUUUGAGAAAAAAUUGUCUCUUGAUGGAGGUAGGGGUGAGCAGAGAACGUGCAAGAGUGGCAGUAACGUCUGAUCCAAAUAGGUGACGGUCAAAGCCCAUGGACUUCCUCAUCUUUGAGUGUUGUGGCUUAUGGAGGUAGCCAAGGUCCAGGCAGCCACCGCGCACUGCGAGGGGCUGCCAUCCUCCCGCUGAGAUCCACAGACCUGCUCACCUUGCCCCAGCUCUGCUUCUGCUGUGAAAAAUUAAGUGGAAAUGGCGCAUCUGAAGAGCAGGGAAUGGCCACCUUCUGGCAAGCGGGGCCUCGUAGGAUGGGGUGCUGGGGACUCAGCCCUGCAGGAGCACGGUCCUACAGCAAAGUUUGGCAGAGGAGACGGUGGAAGCUGCUUUCAUUUGAAGCAGAAGGUAACAACAAUUCCCCUCUGUCCAGUGCUUAGAGAUUACUGGGCUGUUAUUUUUUUAACAGACCAGUGCAGUGUUUCGGGGACGUGGCGCAGGGUGCCUGGGUGGUAUUUGCACCAGGGCACCGCUUCCCUCCUCCUCGCGAUGGCCUCCAUCCUGGCUGCCCUCUCAGACCCCAGAAUAAACCAAAGGGGCAUCCAAGGCACCAAAAUCUUUAAUUAUUAGUAAUUGGUAUCCUCUGCACGCUGUGCCUCCAAAGAGCCAUUCUGUGGGUGGGAGGAGGGACUCCUGCGGCGGGCUUUGCAGGAUCCUUGGGGAAUAACUGAAGUGCAGGAGGGAUGCAGACGUUGGCACGGGCAGCCCGGCAGCGGGGCACGGGCACAGCCCAGCCCGGGGACCGUGCUCCGCACGGCGAUGGCAGGCAGCGACGGGGAGCUAGAGCAGAUGAGGGGUCUGCACAGGGAAUAACGAUCCCCUUGCCUCUCCUCCCCGCUGAAAAAGAAAUCAUCACUGAGUCUUGUCAGAAGCUGAAGUUUUCUGUCUACCCUGUGCUUUAAUUAGGUAAAGGAUUGAUUACGGCCUGUCGCGAGCAUCAGGCGGUUGCAGAAACCCCACGGAAAGCCAAAAAGCAGCAGCUGCUGGAGAUCAUGUUCCGGGGCUCUUUGCUAAUCUCCCCAGAAAUCCCAGCUGGAUUCGGGAGGGAUCCCUCGAUGGCCACGGUUUGAUGUUAGGGGACUCUGCUCCUAAAAGGAAGGGCUACCUUACUCCCAAACCCCUCCGCCUGGGCCGGAGGGAGGACAGGACUGUUAGAAAGCCCCAGCGCUGUCAGUGACAAAAAAAAAUAAGAUUUAGGGCAAAGAGGGAAAAGGGAAGGAAACUGAGGGUUGAAUUUCUUAACAGUAGCUAAUGAUCAGUUUAUAGUAGCAGCUGUCUUAGAUAAGCAUCUGUGUAGAGCGCGGCAUCACCGCCAGCAUCACCUCAUUCAUAUAGUGACGAGAAAUUUUAAAAAGUUUAAAAAAAAAAUUUAAAAGUAAUUUAAGCGAAAUGUUUGUGUGUAAGAAAUGGUUGAAACUGUCAAAUGUCUGUGUCCCGCGUUGGUGGGAUCUGAGAAGGUAUCUGCGAGAUAUUAACCCUGUCCUACUCUCUGUGGUGCUGAGUGUUUGCUUGGUGUGUAAUUCUGACCUGGAGCUUGUUGUAAAUACUGUUUUUAGUACUAUGAUUAUUAUGAUUAUUAUGAUUAUUAUUAUCAGAAAUGUUGUACUCAUGAGCAGGAGUUUAAAACAAGGGAGACAACUGUUUUCCCGCUCUCCUGGGGGCUCAGAAGGAGUCGGAGGCUGGGCUGGGUGAAGGCAGGGUGCUAGCGGGUGGGUUGCCGGACCAGAGAGCAGCUGGAAAAUCACCAGAGUCGGGAGCUGGAGGCAGCUGAGUCCUGCGGGCAGGGCGGGUGAGAGCGGGGACAGGCUGCUCCUCGUGCUGGGAGGAGAAGGAAAGGCUGAGAGGUGGAACAGAGGUGAUGCUUCAAUUCUAGUACAUAUAUUUUAAUGUUAACCCAAACCUCCUCGUGUGAGGGGGUCCAGGCUGUUCCCUGCAGCCCCGGGGGAAGCCGGAGGAGCCGUGAGGUUUGGCGUGUGCUGAAGGAGGAGCGGUCGGUGGCAGGUUGUGCUGGGUAGAGACGUCCUCCCCAAACAGCUACCAAGUCUCUGGACUCGGUUCCUGCCUGGAUCUUCCAUCUCGGUCCUUUGUGCUGCCCCGUGCCCGCUCUCCUCCCCUUCCCUGGAGGCCAGCCUGGAUCUCAGGUGGGGACUUAUUCUUGCAAUAGCUUUGCCCGGCAAAAAAAUCCCAUGGGAAACGCACAGGAGAGUGGCCCAGCACACAGUGCUCAUGCAGGUGUGAGCACUGGGAAACUCAUUUUUCUCACCUCCCUCGGGUCGGUGCCGUGAGGGACAGUGGAUGUGGCUGGAAAAUGUAUUACUGCAGGGUAAGCUCCUGCGUCAGAGGAGCAGGGAUGUGCAGGGAGAGUUUUGCAUUGGUAACGUCAGGUAACUGCUGCCGAGACGCGUUGUGCCAAGGAAACAGCCUCAUCCGUGGGGCCAGAUGCUUUAGGUGUAGCAGAGCGAUGUUUGCCCGGUGCAGAUGAAUGUAGUGGGGAUGUUAGGGAGCUUGACAUUUGUCCAGUGCCACUGGACGCUAUCAGGGAAACGUGUGAUUGCUUUGGCUGCGUGCACCAACUCCCGCGGUUUUGGCUGGACGAAGGGUGUCCACCCACCCACCGCGCCGCUCCAAGCCCCCAGGGACGGUGCUGCCGGCGCCAGCAGCUCACGCGGUGCCGUGCCCAACCGGCAGCACGCGGCACGGUCUGGAAUCACGGUUAUUUCAUGCCUCUCCAUCUCCCAGGGUUGCCAAUGGUUGUGUGCAGCAGCAUACUUCAUGCCUCAAUUGAGACUAAUUAAGUAUCCUCAUUAACAUCCUUACCGUCCCAGCCUCCCUCAUUCCCGGACCGUUCCCACAUACCGUGGUCGCGGACAUGGCAUGCAACCCCCCCAAUUCCCAGGGCCACCUUCCUUAUGGUAGGGCUUCAGGUUCUUCACUGAUUCCCAUAGAUGUUUAUGAAUCAAGCCUUGUAACGACAGUUAGCAGCCCCACUUUUGCAGCAGCAUAUGAACACGAGACUUUGUGCCUGGUAGGGCAGCAUCCCUGCCCGGACCACGAACAUUUGCAGUUGUGUGAGGGAGGAAAGACGAGAUGGUGACAAUUUAUUAUGUGCAUGCAUACACCUUUGAAAGACCACUCCUGGAGAAGGGCCUCUGAUUCGAGCAAGACAGAGAAGCUGAAGCUAAAUGAGUUCCCAGCUGGCAUCGACAGCCGGGCGAUGAGCGAAGCUGCACGAGAGCCGGGACAACUGGCCUCGUAUCCCAGAUUAAAGCUCUGCGCUCACGUUAUCCCUUACAGCGAAGAGCUCAGCUCUGCCCAUAAAUGGGUGUGCUGGCCCCUCAGACUGCUUCUGGACUGAGCCUAUUCCUUGUCUUGUUAUUUUUGAGUCAUUGAAAGAUCUUGCUGUAACCCAGACAGGGGAUUACCUUUGAGUUGACCUUCCGGGAACGGUGGCAGUUCACGAUUGCAUGCAUCCUACCUCGGGGGUAGGUCAGUAUUGCUGCUCCUUUUAAAAUGUAAACUUCAGCUUGCUUGCUUUUGCUUAGCCCGGUGUGACUCUCUGGCCCUGGCUCUGCAAAGCCCGUCUCAUGGGGUUCGUUUAAUUCCCUCCCGCUGCAUUACUUUCCUCCCUCGCAGUGGUUGUGCACUCGGCUGUGCACACGCGCACAGAAAUGCAUACGUGGAAACGAUAUAUGCACAUACACUCUUAUACCACUUGAAAUGAGUCAGGGAAUGGCUGUUUACGGUGCUAGAGAUUUCUUACUAUCCAUGCUAGGGAUGAGAUGACAUAGUAAGACCAAUAAACUCCACCUUUGUAGUCAGUUGUCUUUAAGUAAAGCAGAAGAGGGGCACUGGCCAACGCCUACAUUCGGGUGCUCCGUGGUCCCCGGGGUGCAGGGAGGCAGCCACCCCCACCCGCUGCCGGGACGGCGGGACCCGAGCGCGGAGGGCAGCCGGGCAUCCCAGCCCCGGCAUCCCGCGUGCCUCAGUUUCCCCCCGCCGCGACAAGGGGCACCAACACUCCCUACCCCAUGGGGACCACGGGAGAGCCGACGCAUCCACGUCUCUGAAGUGCUCUGAAAAUGGAAAGUACCAAAGUACCGAGUCGUGGUACGCAACUGUCCACCCCGGGAGGAACAAACUGGCCCGGGGCUGCAGGCAGAGGUUUGGAAGGUGACUGCGUGGCCGUGGGGCUGAGCCGUAACCCCACGGCUCGGCACCCCGGCUGCCCUCCCAGGCAGGAUUCACUCCUCUUGCCGCAGCCCGUGGCCACCUUUGCUCGUGCCGGGUGGGCAGCCGGGUGGGGAGCUGGCGCGGUGUCGUGGAAGGACUUUCCAUUGCUAACAGAGCCUUGUCCGGUUCCCUUCGGUCUACCGCGUACAUUUCAUUGUCAACUUGAGGUUGUUGUUGUGCAAAAGAAGUGAUUAUGAAAAAAAAAAAAAAAGAAAAAAAAAGAAAUAAACUUGGUAUGAAACCAGAUGUGCCCGUCUCUCUCCAUAAAUGGAUUGUUUUAGUUCUGAGGCUUCUCUUUGUAUUGUGAGAAUACUAAUAAAAUGCAUUAAAUGGAAAACUGACCUAGAGAUUUAACAAAGUAGACUUUAAGCCUCUGUAUGCUAAAUGAAUACCUUGCACCCAGCAUAAAAGACGCAGAGACCCACAGUUUAUCACCAUUCUCAGAGGAAAAGAAUAAUAAAAUGCUUGAAUGAGGGUACUGCUGACAUCCCUUGCGGCUGGAAAGGUGAGGGUAUGCAAAGUCUUUACAGAGGAAGAUCGAAAAUGGUGUAAGACAAUUACAAAUACAAUAAAUCCAGUUCUGGAAAA